AUGGCAGCACCAACAGGUGAUGGAUUGCGAGUCAGAAGGAAGUCAUCAUCAAGGGGACACCACAGGUUUGUUGGCGUUAGGCAGAGGCCAUCAGGGAGAUGGGUGGCAGAGAUUAAGGACUCGUUGCAAAAGGUUAGGCUCUGGCUUGGAACUUUCGAUACUGCUGAGGAUGCUGCAAGAGCAUAUGAUGAUGCAGCUCGGGCCUUACGCGGUGCUAAUGCUCGUACGAACUUCGAAUUGCCUCAGCCCGCACCAAAUUCUGGUGCUGGCCGUGUUCCUCUUGAAGAAGUUGAGCCUUUCUCGUUUGAGGAAGUUUGUGGGACAGGAAGGGAAGCAGAAGGGAUUCUUGGAGCACUCAAAGCCAAGUUGCUUGACGGCAAGGGAUUGCCGGUGCUUCCAUCUGCUAAUUGCUCUCCAAGUGCGCAGCCUGACAUGGCUGCAAGUGUUUCCCACAUAAACAAUUCGAAGAGAGAGCUGGCUUUGACAGCUCCUAUUCGUCGCGGAGUUGGAACGGUGAAUGCUAUUCAGGAUCCUGGUACUUCAGGAUCAGCUAAGAUUGACCUUGUCUUUGAUCGUGAUCAUGGUGACAUGAUGGCAGGUCAUGUUGAGGCAGCCCAGUGGAAUCAACCGUGCCAAACUACUGCAACAACAAACUUGGAAUGGCCAAGGGAACCAGCACCGUAUGAAGUCUCCUGGGACACACAGAUGAACCAUAUUUCCGAUCAGGCUGCUUUGUAUACCAGUAUUACUGCAAUAGCUACUUCUGCCUGGCCACUCUCUGCAACAACUCAACCAAGUAUUGAUUUGAUGUAUUCAAAUCCCUGCUCCACUGAGAUGCCUAUGAACAGGAUUAGUCGCACGAUUACGACACGCAUGCCAACAUCUCAAAUUGAUGGAUCAACAGAAGGUGUUUGGUCUACUGAGCAACAAUUCCUGCACUGUGAUACAAGUGGUUGGACAUGGGAUCCCUUUCUCUUGUAUCCUCAUUCCUCAGUGUUAGGGUGA